AUGAAAUGGCUGUCCUUGGCCACAAGGUUGACGAACUUGACUCCCGUGUUGGUCUUGAGUUGCAAGUUCGAGCCGACCUGUUUUCUGGCCUUUUUGCCAAACACGUCGGCAAAUAUCUCGAUAGUUCCGUCCUCAGUAACAACAGCAAGCGACAGAGGCUCCAAUAAAGUGAUGGAAACGGCAGCAGAAAGACACUUCAGCGUCAACAGCACCUUGGAGCUUGCAACCGAAACGAUCUGGACGAGCGAGUCCUCUGCUCUCGACACAGCAAGCAAGUCCGUGUUGCUUUUGCACUGCACAACGUUGGUGAUCGAGGCCUGGUGUGAUUUGGGAGCAGGGAUCUUCACGUCCUGCUGGGACUCUUGUAUCUUGUAA